AUGCGUUGAUGGGGUUACAGCCCCAAAAUUUGUAUACGCUAAACUUGGACGAGCUCUAGCAUCACGCCCAACCAUAUGUCCAUAAGGAAGGUAAUUGUAAUCCGAUCCAAUCCAAUUGCAAUCUAUUCCAAUUCUUUUUAGAUCUUUGUCAUGUACAUGACAGAUUUGGACACUGAGGACCAGGUAUUGAUAUGUGCGCGGAGCACCUUUCCGAAGAAGGAAUCCGACGAAUAUAUGAUCAAUGCGGAGGAAACCGCAGAGAGUAUUCUGGAAGUACCGGAGGAAAUACCACCGGAUGUACGACGCAAUGUGGUGGCCAUUGUGACAUCGGGCGCGUAUGAAUAUGAUCGAUAUAAAAAUCGAUAUAUGGACGAUAUAAAAGAGCUCUGCUCAUUUAAGCCUCCCCAUUUGGUGUUCGAUACGACACAUCUUUUGGCAAAGUUUGCCAAAGAGAACAAUUUGUUUUGCACUGUGGAAGUGGUGAUGAAAACAUCCUUGCGCAAGGAGAGCUACGUUGAGCAAUUAACAAAUAUUCGAUAAGAAUGUUGCUUCGUAAACGUGUCUAAUUUGAGUCUGGUUUCGGCUUUUAUGAAAGCCAUUGCGAAAACCUUACGCAAAAUAUUCAAGAUCAGGGACUAGGUCUUGUUGAAGAGUCUCAACAGUGACCAAAUGAGAAACAUAUUGUUUCCAUGAUGCCCAUCAUGUCCCUGGAAGACUGCUCGGAGGGGGGAAGCUUAUUAAAUUGUAUGGUCUUCGAUGCAGCCAAACCUUUGAAGCUCCGGCGUACCUAGAAGCUUUGUCCUGAUCAGACCACGCCAUUAAAAUGAUAACACAAGUUAAAUCACAACAUUUAAAGAUAAUCCGUUCUCAAAAAAAUCGUCCCAACCAUGGGCCUACAUAUGUUUUAAAUUUUUCGUCAACUUUAAAACG